AUGGCCGUAAACCUGGACGCUCACCGCAUGGUGCAAAAGCAAGCCGCCUGGAUCGCCCAGCUUCAAGAGGAGCUCGCCACCACAAGCACCUUCCUCAAUAUGCACGACUCGCAACCCGAGAAGGCUGUGAUGAAUAUGGUUGACGGUAUCAACUACGACUCGUUCCAAAUCGCGUGCAACCUUGUCGACGACGCUACUCCCAUGAUUUCUCCUCGCGCCCCGGACCAUCCUGACUGCACGAUCUGUGCCACCUUCUCUUCUCGCUUCCCUGGUGUUAUACCUCUCCUGCGCGAUACCGAUCCCCGCAUGGACGAAGAAAGAGAGGCUCUUCGUGUCAACAUCGUCCAGUCUACCCUACUUCGCGUCUGCCACGACUUCAUGCAGCCUUGGCACGUAUCGAGCGGAGAUCAAGUUAUCAACGACGGGAAUGAAGAGCUCUUGAAGGCUGUAAGCGACUCGAUAUUCCAAACAGAGUCUCAGGUGGUGGCGGCCAACUGGAAAGCUAUCACGUACCGCCAUUUGUCGACCCUCAAACGGGCUUCGGAAACCAUUGAACGCGAGCGAAUGUACGAAUGCCUGUGCUCGGCGUUGCUGCCUAUAUGGCAUGUCUAUGGCCUCAUCGACGACCAAAUCGCGCCUAUCGUCUCGGAGACGGGCAUGCGCGACAUGUUCAAGUACUUGAUCGCCGAGGUAUACUCAUUCCAGAAGGCGGCCGCGCAAGACAUCGUCUCGGCUGAGCUGCAACCUGUCAUGGUUCCAGGAGGCAUCGUGGCCGACGAGCGAACCAUGCAGAUCAUCACAGGAUCGAUGUCGACGGCGCCCGACUCUACGAUCCUUUGUACAACCAGGAUCGGACUGCGCCGCAUCACGCGCGUCGCCGGAGACGCGAAGGUCACUCUCCUCAUGCGCCCUGAGGUCUUCGUAACUCCCGCCUUGACGCCAUCCCUCGUCGCUCGCCAUGAUUAA